GAUGGUCUUCAAUGGCUGUCCGGUGAGUUUAGCUUGUGCUCCCCUCUCAAGAAGACGGACUUGGAUGGUUUCAAGGCCUGGCUCCAAGAGACCUGGGUGAAUCUGGCCAUGGUUGACUAUCCCUACGAAGCUAAUUUCCUCCAGCCGCUCCCACGCUGGCCAAUACAGGUAAAUGGAUAUCUUUCAUAAUAAUAUAUAUAUAUUUUUUAAUGUGUUAUUACACAUGUAGAAUAAGAAAUCUGUUUCUAUUUUACAUAGUCGGCCAAUUGUUUAUAAUUGAAUAGUUAACAUUUUGUUUUACUUACCUAAAGUACAGAACAUUUUAAAACAAGGAAAGUGAAAAAUCACAUUAGCAACAAUUAUUUUCUUUCUACCUCACUAAAUCCAUUCAACCUGUACUACCCAAAUGAAUGUACUGUUUCCAAUUAGUUGGUGCUGCUUCCUUUAUAUUAGCUGCCCUGCCACACAGCCUCUCUCUCGUUGAUUCAGAUGGUUGUCAUUCAGUCUUUCUUAUCUUUUGUAGUAUUUGUUUACUACAGCUGUCAAUUAACUGCAUUAAUAUUCAUAAUAAAUUCUUCAUUAUAUUCAUAAUGAACGAGUCCCAAACGGCACUCUGUUUCCUAUGUAGAGCGACUCUGGUCAAAUCAGUGCACUACAUAGGAAACGGGGUACCGUUUGGGACGCAUGCGUUUCUUGUGAGGAUUGUGAGGUGGCUUUUCUCUUCAGAAUAGCAGCUCCAACUGAAACCACCAUUCUUUCUUCAGAAGGGCAGCUCCAACUGAAACCACCAUUAUUUUCUCCUCCAGUGAGCUUUUCAGCUGCACACUCCCUCAGAUCUCAGAAUUUCCAUUGGAGAGAGAGAGAGAGAGACAGAGAGACAGAGACAGAGACAGAGAGAGAGAGAGAGAGAGAGAGAGAGAGAGAGAGAGAGAGAGAGAGAGAGAGAGAGAGAGAGAGACAUUUUACACAGUAGGCCUCAGAAGUGCCUCUAAUGUGUUCUGCUCCACUAAACCCUGUUUGUCUCACAUGUCAACUUAUCUCACGUAUCAAAAACAAUGUCACAUGGUAACAGUAAUAUGUAACAUGAUGAUAACAGCGCUAUACUUUUUAAUUCUUAAAGCUGCAAUAUGUAACUUUUUGGGCGACCCCACCAAAUGCACAUAGAAAUGUGAGUUAUAGAUCUGUCAUUCUCAUUGAAAGCCAGUCUAAGAAGCGGUAGAUCUGUUCUAUGUGCUGUAUUUCUUUGCUUCCUGUUCUUAACUUUAGUUUUUUGCGUCUUUUACUUUCGGUUUUGUACACAAGCUUCAAACAACUGAAAAUACAAUAUUUUUGAUUAUGGAAAAUAUAUUAAUUCUUUGUAAUUAUGUUCCGGCCACCUGACCAUCCACUCAAUAAAACAUAGAGGAUGUUAUAGAAGGAUGAAGGACUCAGGGAUCCCUGUACUGUAGAGGAUGUUAUAGAAGGAUGAAGGACUCAGGGAUCCCUGUACUGUAGAGGAUGUUAUAGAAGGCUGAAGGACUCAGGGAUCCCUGUACUGUAGAGGAUGUUAUAGAAGGAUGAAGGACUCAGGGAUCCCUGUACUGUAGAGGAUGUUAUAGAAGGAUGAAGGACUCAGGGAUCCCUGUACUGUAGAGGAUGUUAUAGAAGGAUGAAGGACUCAGGGAUCCCUGUACUGUAGAGGAUGUUAUAGAAGGCUGAAGGACUCAGGGAUCCCUGUACUGUAGAGGAUGUUAUAGAAGGAUGAAGGACUCAGGGAUCCCUGUACCGUAGAGGAUGUUAUAGAAGGAUGAAGGACUCAGGGAUCCCUGUACUGUAGAGGAUGUUAUAGAAGGAUGAAGGACUCAGGGAUCCCUGUACCGUAGAGGAUGUUAUAGAAGGAUGAAGGACUCAGGGAUCCCUGUACUGUAGAGGAUGUUAUAGAAGGAUGAAGGACUCAGGGAUCCCUGUACUGUAGAGGAUGUUAUAGAAGGAUGAAGGACUCAGACCCAUCAUUCUUUGUACCAGCUCCCCUGACACGUCACAUCACCAACCAAGGCACACCAUCCACCCAAAACCCUAAACCCUGUUAGUGCUUGCUCACCCUCCCGGGGUGCUCCAAUGACCCUAUGAGUUACAUGAGCUGUUCACUGUUCUGUUACUGUUACAGUAGGAUAAAUAUAUGACUUUCGGUGCAAGUUUUGGCAAGUCAUUUGCGGUCCUCAUCAAUAUAUAAAUCCUAAAUCCCCUAGUGGUGCAACAGGUUAGCAGAGAUGGAGACUAAAUGGACUUUUGGAGCUGUUGUGGCUCAGAGCCUAUAAUGUAUGCCUGCCCUAUGGGUGGUUUAAGCAGUGCCUAUAAUGUAUGCCUGCCCUAUGGGUGGUUUAAGCAGUGCCUAUAAUGUAUGCCUGCCCUAUGGGUGGUUUAAGCAGUGCCUAUAAUGUAUGCCUGCCCUAUGGGUGGUUUAAGCAGUGCCUAUAAUGUAUGCCUGCCCUAUGGGUGGUUUAAGCAGUGCCUAUAAUGUAUGCCUGCCCUAUGGGUGGUUUAAGCAGUGCCUAUAAUGUAUGCCUGCCCUAUGGGUGGUUUAAGCAGUGCCUAUAAUGUAUGCCUGCCCUAUGGGUGGUUUAAGCAGAGCCUAUAAUGUAUGCCUGCCCUAUGGGUGGUUUAAGCAGUGCCUAUAAUGUAUGCCUGCCCUAUGGGUGGUUUAAGCAGUGCCUAUAAUGUAUGCCUGCCCUAUGGGUGGUUUAAGCAGUGCCUAUAAUGUAUGCCUGCCCUAUGGGUGGUUUAAGCAGUGCCUAUAAUGUAUGCCUGCCCUAUGGGUGGUUUAAGCAGUGCCUAUAAUGUAUGCCUGCCCUAUGGGUGGUUUAAGCAGUGCCUAUAAUGUAUGCCUGCCCUAUGGGUGGUUUAAGCCGUUUAGGCAGUGAGCUUUUUUAAUGACAAAGCUAAUGUGAUUAUGUGAGUGACUGUGGGAAGGGAGUAUUGAGGGCUUAAAGGGGGAAAUCUGUUGGCAGAGAUGAAUGUUGGAGACUAAUCCUAUCUGAAAAGUAGAGAGGAGAUGCUUCAGACCAAUUGCUGGAGUUUUAUUUCAUGGUAUAAAUCUGCCUGUAGCUCUACCCCUCCUCCUCAUCCAUCGACAUCCUCCCCCUUCCUCCUCCCCCUUCCUCCUCCUCCUCCUCCUCACCCCCCCCCUUCCUCCUCCUCCUCCUCCUCCUCCUCAUCCCCCCCUUCCUCCUCCUCCUCCUCCUCCUCAUCCUCCCCCUUCCUCCUCCUCCUCCUCCUCCUCCUCCUCCUCCUCCUCCCCCUUCCUCCUCCUCCUCCUCCUCCUCCCCCUUCCUCCUCCUCCUCCUCCUCCUCCCCCUUCCUCCUCCUCCUCCUCCUCCCCUUCCUCCUCCUCCCCCUUCCUCCUCCUCCCCCUUCCUCCUCCUCCUCCUCCCCCAUCCUCCUCCUCCUCAACCUCCUCCUCCUCCUCCUCCCCCUUCCUCCUCCUCCUCCUCCUCCCCAGCCCGCCUGUAGACAAAAGCCUCAGUAACCUCCAUUCUGCCAGAACUCCACUCCAAUGUCCUAACAAGCAGCCACAGUCUCUCUCUCUCUCCAGCAGCCUCACAAAGACUGACAGAACAAAAAACAGCUAGCGACAGGACAGGACAGGCAGCAAACUCUGCUGCUACCAUAACAACUACCAAUACAGUAACUAUGUCUGAAAGCAAACCGCGAACGAUGGAAAAAUCCAAAUGUUAAAUGUAUCUCAACUGCAGUAACCGUCAAUAUAGAUGAAACAGUCACUUUCCUAAGUUGAGAAGUUGUCCUGGUAGGGUGAGAAUGGAGCAGAAGGGGAACCAUAGCUAGGUCGUUAAAUCUUUUAACGUCAUCAUGCAUGGCUAAACUAAAUAUGUCUCCUCUCUUGUUAAGCGCAGAGCUAUACAUUCAAGUUAAGCCUUUAGUUCCAUUCCACACAUGCAAAUUAGACACUGAAUUUAUAAGUGAAAUGGUGUUUAUGAGAAAACAACAGGUAAACAGCUCCGAGACGAGAGAGAGCUUUUUAACGGUGAGCCAGUUGGAUUUGGACUGAAAUGGAACUUAAGCUUGGUGUUUGUUUGUAAAGGAAGUGCUUAAAAGGUUACCUAAAAACGCUUACUUAAUACAUGCGUUACUAUUUAAUUAACGGGUAAAGUAUUUUCACUCUGCCAUUGACAGAAAUGUAUUAAUUAAUUAGUCAUUGUUCCAUGUUUGUGCUUCAUGUGAAGAACACUGACCAAAAAUAUCCUGUAUUUAGUAUACUCAGACAAUAAUUGUAAUUUCUAAGCACGUAUUUGUCUACGUCCGUGAUAUAUUUUCUUGUUUUGUUCCCAGGUGGUGUGCAAGCACCUUGGUUUUGACCCCAGCAGCGUGUCAGACUAUCAGUUGUUAGGGGGCGUCUCUGAAGCUGUUAGAAUCUACUACAACUACACAGGAAACGCUCCCUGUCUCAACACGUCCUCCACAGCUACAGGGAACCUGGGCUUCGUCGGCUGGUACUAUCAGGUAUCGCAGACUCACAGCCUGUUUCUCAAAUGGCAUCCUAUUCCCUAUAUAGAGCUCUGGGUCAAGUAGUGACCUGUACAGAGAAUAGAGCUCUGGGUCAAGUAGUGACCUGUAGAGAGCUAGGGCCGACAACAGGCGGUAAAAUCACCAGGAAUUCAGCUAAAAAUGAGUUUAAUUUAGGAAAUCUGUUCCCAAGUAUUCCCACGAAUAAAAAAAGAGAUGUGAUCAUGUCUCAAUGAGUACGUUUACAUGCACACUAAUAAUUUGAUAUUAAACUGAUUAUGGCAGAAGGCAGAUUAUGGCAUUAGUCAUGUAAACAUCUUACUCUGCUUAUCUUAAUCGGUGUACAGUCAAAAUGGAAGUAAGCAUACGCCGGCUAAAACAUCUAGUUUUCUGAGCAAUCUUUCAAAUGAUUAGGACGUGUAAACCCCUUAAUCAGAGUUACAGCUGUGUGUUUGAUCUGGCGAGUGAAGUGAGACCCUGUUAGUCUGGUCCUCUAUAUGGACCCUGUUAGUCUGGUCCUCUAUAUGGACCCUGUUAGUCUGGUCCUCUAUAUGGACCCUGUUAGUCUGGUCCUCUAUAUGGACCCUGUUAGCCUGGUCCUCUAUAUGGACCCUCUAGUCUGGUCCUCUAUAUGGACCCUGUUAGCCUGGUCCUCUAUAUGGACCCUGUUAGUCUGGUCCUCUAUAUGGACCCUGUUAGUCUGGUCCUCUAUAUGGACCCUGUAGUCUGGUCCUCUAUAUGGACCCUGUUAGCCUGGUCCUUAUAUGGACCCUGUUAGCCUGUUCCUCUACAUGGACCCUGUUAGUCUGGUCCUCUAUAUGGACCCUGUUAGUCUGGUCCUCUAUAUGGACCCUCGUUAGUCUGGGCCUCUAUAUGGACCCUGUUAGUCUGGUCCUCUAUAUGGACCCUGUUAGCUGGUCCUCUAUAUGGACCCUGUUAGUCUGGUCCUCUAUAUGGACCCUGUUAGUCUGGUCCUCUAUAUGGACCCUGUUAGCCUGGUCCUCUAUAUGGACCCUGUUAGUCUGGUCCUCUAUAUGACCCUGUUAGUCUGGUCCUCUAUAUGGACCCUGUUAGUCUGGUCCUCUAUAUGGACCCUGUUAGUCUGGGUCCUCUAUAUGGACCCUGUUAGUCUGGUCCUCUUAUGGACCCUGUUAGCUGGGUCCUCUAUAUGGACCCCUGUUUAGUCUGGUCCUCUAUAUGGACCCUGUUAGUCUGGUCCUCUGUAUGGACCCUGUUAGUCUGGGUCCUCCUAUAUGGACCCUGUUAGUCUGGUCCUCUAUAUGGACCCUGUUUAGUCUGGGGCCUACUAUAUGGACCCUGUUAGUCUGGGAUCCUCUAUAUGGACCCUGUUAGCCUGAGUCCUCUAUAUGGACCUCUGGUUAGUCUGGUUCCUCUAUAUGGGCCCCCUGUUAGCCUGGUCCUCUAUAUGGACCCCUGUUAGCUGGGUCCUCUAUAGUGGACCCUGUUAGUCUGGUCCUCUAUAUGGACCCUGUUACGUCAUGGUUCAUCUAUAUGGACCCUGUUAGUCCUGGUCCUUUAUAUGGACCCUGUUUAGCCUGGUCCCUCCUAUAUGGACCCUGUUAGUCUUGGUCCUUCUAUAUGGACCCUGUUAGUUCCUGGACCUCUAUAUGGACCCUCUAGUCUGGUCCUCUAUAUGGACCCUGUUAGCCUGGUCCUCUAUAUGGACCCUGUUAGUCUGUUCCUCUAUAUGGACCCUGUUAGUCUGGGCCUCUAUAUGGACCCUGUUAGUCUGUUCCUCUAUAUGGACCCUGUUAGUCUGGUUCCUCUAUAUGGACCCUGUUAGUCUGGUCCUCUAUAUGGACCCUGUUAGUCUGGUCCUCUAUAUGGACCCUGUUAGCCUGGUCCUCUAUAUGGACCCUGUUAGUCUGGUCCUCUAUAUGGACCCUGUUAGUCUGGUCCUCUAUAUGGACCUGUUAGUCUGGUCCUCUAUAUGGACCCUGUUAGUCUGGUCCUCUAUAUGGACCCUGUUAGCCUGGUCCUCUAUAUGGACCCUGUUAGUCUGGUCCUCUAUAUGGACCCUGUUAGUCUGGUCCUCUAUAUGGACCCUGUUAGUCUGGUCCUCUAUAUGGACCCUGUUAGUCUGGUCCUCUAUAUGGACCCUGUUAGCCUGGUCCUCUAUAUGGACCCCUGUAGUCCGGGUCCCUCUAUUGGCCCUGUUCGCCUAGGUCCUCAUAUUGGACCCUGUUAGUCUGGUCCUCUAUAUGGACCCUGUUAGUCCUGGUCCUCUAUAUGGACCCGGUUCGCAUCGAGUCCUCUAUAUGGACCCUUAGUUGGUCCUAUAUAUGGACCCUGUUAGUUGGUCUAUAUAUGGACGCCUGUUAGUCUGGUCCUCUAUAUGACCCUGGUUAGUCUGGUCCUCUAUAUGACCCUGUUAGUCUGGUCCUCUAUAUGGACCCUGUUAGUCUGGUCCUCUAUAUGGACCCUGUUAGUCUGGUCCUCUAUAUUGACCCUGUUAGCUGUCCUCUAUAUGGACCCUGUUAGUAUGGUUCCUCUAUAUGGACCCUGUUAGUCCUGGUCCCUCUAUAUGGACCCUGUGUAGUCUGGUCCUCUAUAUGGACCCUGUUGUCUGGUCCUCUAUAUGGACCCUGUUAGUCUGGUCCUCUUCUGGACCCUGUAGUCUGGUCCUCUAUAUGGACCCUGUGUAGCCUGGUCCCUAUAUGGACCCUGUUGUCUGGUCCUCUAUAUGGACCCUGUUAGUCUGGUCCUCUAUAUGGACCCUGUUAGUCUGGUCCUCUAUAUGGACCCUGUUAGUCCUGGUCCUCUAUAUGGACCCUGUUAGCCUGGUCCUCUAUAUAGACCCUGUUAGUCUGGUCCUCUAUAUGGACCCUGUUAGUCUGGUCCUCUAUAUGGACCCUGUUAGUCUGGUCCCUCUAUAUGGACCCUGUUAGUCUGGUCCUCUAUAUGGACCCUGUUAGCCUGGUCCUCUAUAUGGACCCUGUUAGUCUGGUCCUCUAUAUGGACCCUGUUAGUCUGGUCCUCUAUAUGGACCCUGUUAGCCUGGUCCUCUAUAUGGACCCUGUUAGUCUGGUCCUCUAUAUGGACCCUGUUAGUCUGUUCCUCUAUAUGGACCCUGUUAUUCUGUUCCUCUAUAUGGACCCUGUUAGCCUGUUCCUCUAUAUGGACCCUGUUAGCCUGGUCCUCUAUAUGGACCCUGUUAGUCUGGUCCUCUAUAUGGACCCUGUUAGUCUGGUCCUCUAUAUUGGACCCUGUUAGUCUGGUCCUCUAUAUGGACCCUGUUAGAAUGACCUGGUCCUCUAUAUGGACCCUGUUAGUCUGGUCCUCUAUAUGGACCCUGUUAGUCUGGACCUCUAUAUGGACCCUGUUAGUCUGGUCCUCUAUAUGGACCCUGUUAGUCUGGUCCUCUAUAUGGACCCUGUUAGCCUGGUCCUCUAUAUGGACCCUGUUAGUCUGGUCCUCUAUAUGGACCCUGUUAGUCUGGUCCUCUAUAUGGACCCUGUUAGUCUGGUCCUCUAUAUGGACCCUGUUAGUCUGGUCCUCUAUAUGGACCCUGUUAGUCUGGUCCUCUAUAUGGACCCUGUUAGCCUGGUCCUCUAUAUGGACCCUGUUAGCCUGUUCCUCUAUAUGGACCCUGUUAGUCUGGUCCUCUAUAUGGACCCUGUUAGUCUGGUCCUCUAUAUGGACCCUGUUAGUCUGGACCUCUAUAUGGACCCUGUUAGUCUGGUCCUCUAUAUGGACCCUGUUAGUCUGGUCCUCUAUAUGGACCCUGUUAGUCUGGUCCUCUAUAUGGACCCUGUUAGUCUGGUCCUCUAUAUGGACCCUGUUAGUCUGGUCCUCUAUAUGGACCCUGUUAGUCUGGUCCUCUAUAUGGACCCUGUUAGUCUGGUCCUCUAUAUGGACCCUGUUAGUCUGGGCCUCUAUAUGGACCCUGUUAGUCUGGACCUCUAUAUGGACCCUCUAGUCUGGUCCUCUAUAUGGACCCUGUUAGCCUGGUCCUCUAUAUGGACCCUGUUAGCCUGGUCCUCUAUAUGGACCCUGUUAGUCUGGUCCUCUAUAUGGACCCUGUUAGUCUGGUCCUCUAUAUGGACCCUGUUAGUCUGGACCUCUAUAUGGACCCUGUUAGUCUGGUCCUCUAUAUGGACCCUGUUAGUCUGGUCCUCUAUAUGGACCCUGUUAGUCUGGUCCUCUAUAUGGACCCUGUUAGUCUGGUCCUCUAUAUGGACCCUGUUAGUCUGGUCCUCUAUAUGGACCCUGUUAGUCUGGUCCUCUAUAUGGACCCUGUUAGUCUGGUCCUCUAUAUGGACCCUGUAGUCUGGUCCUCUAUAUGGACCCUGUUAGUCUGGUCCUCUAUAUGGACCCUGUUAGUCUGGUCCUCUAUAUGGACCCUGUUAGUCUGGUCCUCUAUAUGGACCCUGUUAGUCUGGUCCUCUAUAUGGACCCUGUUAGUCUGGUCCUCUAUAUGGACCCUGUUAGCCUGGUCCUCUAUAUGGACCCUGUUAGCCUGGUCCUCUAUAUGGACCCUGUUAGCCUGGUCCUCUAUAUGGACCCUGUUAGUCUGGUCCUCUAUAUGGACCCUGUUAGCCUGGUCCUCUAUAUGGACCCUGUUAGCCUGGUCCUCUAUAUGGACCCUGUUAGUCUGGUCCUCUAUAUGGACCCUGUUAGUCUGGUCCUCUAUAUGGACCCUGUUAGCCUGGUCCUCUAUAUGGACCCUGUUAGCCUGGUCCUCUAUAUGGACCCUGUUAGUCUGGUCCUCUAUAUGGACCCUGUUAGUCUGGUCCUCUAUAUGGACCCUGUUAGCCUGGUCCUCUAUAUGGACCCUGUUAGUCUGGUCCUCUAUAUGGACCCUGUUAGCCUUAACAGCUUCUCUCCCCCUCUCCCUCCCCAGGCGUGUACAGAGAUGGUGAUGCCGCUUUGUACUGACGGGGUGCAGGACAUGUUUGAGCCCCAGGACUGGAACUUCCAGGCCUUUUCAGACGAGUGCCACGCCCUGUUUGGGGUGCGUCCACGGGCUGACUGGGCAGACACAGUCUACGGAGGACUGGACAUCGCUUCUCACAGCAACAUCAUCUUCAGGUAAACUAACACCUGCUGAUUUCACUGAGUGAGGGACAGAAGAUUUACCGGACCAUGUAACUAGAGUUUGCGACUGGAAUUAUUCCUGGACAUGUCAAUCUAACUUGGACUUGGAGUUUCGCAUCAUGCCUAAAUACAGUCCUCGCCAUGCGUUAUUCACAAUCAUCAACAGGUUCUCAUGCCUUUAUGCUUAAAUAAUACACUGUUAGAGGUUCAGCCAUCUUAAAUAAUACACUGUUACACAAUAGAGGUUCAGCCAUCUUAAAUAAUACACUGUUAGAGGUUCAGCCAUCUUAAAUAAUACACUGUUACACAGUAGGGGUUCAGCCAUCUUAAAUAAUACACUGUUACCCAGAGGUUCAGCCAUCUUAAAUAAUACACUGUUACCCAGAGGUUCAGCCAUCUUAAAUAAUACACUGUUACCCAGUAGGGGUUCAGCCAUCUUAAAUAAUACACUGCUGUUGUUGGGAUCCUGGAUGCUGAUUGGACAAGUAGCAUUCCAAGCCGUGCUGUACUAUGCCUGCAAACAGUUCCAUCUGAAAAUGAUCACUGCGCCUCCAUAAGAAUAUCAUGGUCAUAGAUGGUAAAGGGGUCAGUGGACGCAGACGUUCCAUUGGCCAGACGUUCCAUUGGCCAGACGUUCCAUUGGCCAGACGUUCCAUCGGCCAGACAUUCCAUCGGCCAGACAUUCCAUUGACCAGACAAUAGCCUGAUUGUAGGCUAAUUUGGCUGAGGGGCAAUGAGGAGAUUCUGUAUCUUUCCCCCACGGUAUCUUUCCCCCCACGGUAUCUUUCCCCCCACGGUAUCUUUCCCCCAUGGUAUCUUUCCCCCAUGGUAUCUUUCCCCCCAUGGUAUCUUUCCCCCCACGGUAUCUUUCCCCCCACGGUAUCUUUCCCCCCACGGUAUCUUUCCCCCCACGGUAUCUUUCCCCCCACGGUAUCUUUCCCCCCACGGUAUCUUUACCCCCACGGCAUCUUUCCCCCCACGGUAUCUUUCCCCCCACGGUAUCGUUCCCCCCACGGUAUCUUUACCCCCACGGUAUCUUUCCCCCCCACGGUAUCUUUCCCCCACGGUAUCUUUCCCCCAUGGUUUCUUUCCCCCAUGGUAUCUUUCCCCUCACGGUAUCUUUCCCCUCACGGUAUCUUUCCCCCCACGGUAUCUUUCCCCCCACGGUAUCUUUCCCCCCCACGGUAUCUUCCCCCCCACGGUAUCUUUACCCCCACGGUAUCUUUACCCCCACGGUAUCUUUACCCCCCACGGUAUCUUUCCCCCCCACGGUAUCUUUCCCCCCCACGGUAUCUUUACCCCCACGGUAUCUUUCCCCCCCACGGUAUCUUUACCCCCACGCAUUUCCAUGGCAAUUCCAUUGUUUUGGUUGAGUUUGGUUUACCACAUCUACAGUAUGUUGCUGUCUGAAUCAUCUCUUGUAUUUAUCUCAACUCGCACUUUAUUUCCCCUUUGCUUCCAGCCUAGCGUUUGGUUUGGUACAGCGGGGGUUAAUAUAAGCCUCGCUGUCUGCCUGUCUGACCUCGGAAACAAUGUUUCACUUUUGAAUUUCGAUCUCUUUACCAAACAUAGAGGGAAUGGUGCCCAGACACUACAACUGUUUCUGAGCCAGUCGAAAUCACGCAUCAUCGUCAUUAUCACGGACAUAUCCAAGUACAUGCCAAUAGAAAAAAAAGCUCAAACAAAUGAAAAUGCAGCUAGUGUCCUGUCAUUCCAGGUUCAAUGUUUGACGUGACUGAGUUAGCUGAGCUAGUCAGCAAGUGGCAAGAACGUUAUCCAGCCUGCAUAGCAACCAUUUUGUUUAGAACGGACGACCAGUCCUUUUGCGUAGCAACUAUUCAAAAAUAAUGAAUGACUGGCUGGGCGUCUGUAGCAACAUGACCAAAAUAACUAACAACCAGAUUUUUGUCUGGACUAUAUCUUCUGGUGGAAGAAUUACAUUGUAUGAAUUUACUUAUCCAAAUAACGUUUUAAUGAAAAUAUGUAAUGUAUUGUUAUUUUAAUAUGUUGGUAACAGAUUUAUAAAAGCAAUAUGGCACACGUCGGGCUGAACAUACAGUGGGGGAAAAAAGUAUUUAGUCAGCCACCAAUUGUGCAAGUUCUCCCACUUAAAAAGAUGAGAGAGGCCUGUAAUUUUCAUCAGAGGUACACGUCAACUAUGACAGACAAAAUGAGGAAAAAAAAUCCAGAAAAUCACAUUGUAGGAUUUUUUAUGAAUUUAUUUGCAAAUUAUGGUGGAAAAUAAGUAUUUGGUCACCUACAAACAAGCAAGAUUUCUGGCUCUCACAGACCUGUAACUUCUUCUUUAAGAGGCUCCUCUGUCCUCCACUCGUUACCUGUAUUAAUGGCACCUGUUUGAACUUGUUAUCAGUAUAAAAGACACCUGUCCACAACCUCAAACAGUCACACUCCAAACUCCACUAUGGCCAAGACCAAAGAGCUGUCAAAGGACACCAGAAACGAAAUUGUAGACCUGCACCAGGCUGGGAAGACUGAAUCUGCAAUAGGUAAGCAGCUUGGUUUGAAGAAAUCAACUGUGGGAGCAAUUAUUAGGAAAUGGAAGACAUACAAGACCACUGAUAAUCUCCCUCGAUCUGGGGCUCCACGCAAGAUCUCACCCCGUGGGGUCAAAAUGAUCACAAGAACGGUGAGCAAAAAUCCCAGAACCACACGGGGGGGACCUACUGAAUGACCUGCAGAGUGCUGGGACCAAAGUAACAAAGCCUACCAUCAGUAACACACUACGCCGCCAGGGACUCAAAUCCUGCAGUGCAAGACGUGUCCCCCUGCUCAAGCCAGUACAUGUCCAGGCCCGUCUGAAGUUUGCUAGAGUGCAUUUGGAUGAUCCAGAAGAGGAUUGGGAGAAUGUCAUAUGGUCAGAUGAAACCAAAAUAUAACUUUUUGGUAAAAACUCAACUCGUCGUGUUUGGAGGACAAAGAAUGCUGAGUUGCAUCCAAAGAACACCAUACCUACUGUGAAGCAUGGGGGUGGAAACAUCAUGCUUUGGGGCUGUUUUUCUGCAAAGGGACCAGGACGACUGAUCCGUGUAAAGGAAAGAAUGAAUGGGGCCAUGUAUCGUGAGAUUUUGAGUGAAAACCUCCUUCCAUCAGCAAGGGCAUUGAAGAUGAAACGUGGCUGGGUCUUUCAGCAUGACAAUGAUCCCAAACACACCGCCCGGGCAACGAAGGAGUGGCUUCGUAAGAAGCAUUUCAAGGUCCUGGAGUGGCCUAGCCAAUCUCCAGAUCUCAACCCCAUAGAAAAUAUUUGGAGGGAGUUAAAAGUCUGUGUUGCCCAGCGACAGCCCCAAAACAUCACUGCUCUAGAGGAGAUCUGCAUGGAGGAAUGGGCCAAAAUACCAGCAACAGUGUGUGAAAACCUUGUGAAGACUUACAGAAAACGUUUGACCUGUGUCAUUGCCAACAAAGGGUAUAUAACAAAGUAUUGAGAAACUUUUGUUAUUGACCAAAUACUUAUUUUCCACCAUAAUUUGCAAAUAAAUUCAUAAAAAAUCCUACAAUGUGAUUUUCUGGAGAAAAUUUCUCAUUUUGUCUGUCAUAGUUGACGUGUACCUAUGAUGAAAAUUACAGGCCUCUCUCAUCUUUUUAAGUGGGAGAACUUGCACAAUUGGUGGCUGACUAAAUACUUUUUUCCCCCACUGUAUAAGGCUAUCAUGUCAGGCCGAACAACGCAUCUUAUCUGUGACUGUAUUCAUGAUACAGCGCUGUCUCUUACCUGUGACUGUAUUCAUAAUACAGCACUGCCUCUUACCUGUGACUGUAUUCAUGAUACAGCGCUGUCUCUUACCUGUGACUGUAUUCAUAAUACAGCGCUGUCUCUUGUGCCUUAUUGCUUAAAUAGAGGUUCAGCCAUUUUAUGGUAUUCCAUGUUAACUUUCUCUGUUUGAUCCUCCUUCCUUAAAAAAGGGCCAUGUAAAUAAAUGUCCAUCUCCUCUAAACUGUUACAGUAACGGAGGACUGGACCCGUGGUCAAGUGGCGGGGUGACCCGAAACAUCUCGGACUCGGUGGUUGCCAUAGUGAUACCUGACGGAGCUCACCACCUGGACCUACGCUACAACAAUGAAUAUGACCCGCACAGCGUCCUCUCAGCCCGCUCCCUGGAGGUGGAAUACUUCAAACUGUGGAUCACACAGGCCAGGAAAUCAAAUGCC